UUCUGCAGUUCAAAGUCUUGUCAGGUAUCUAGGCUGUAAACAGUCAGGUGUAGCAGACGACAAAACCGUAUCGUUGGAAUGGCUCUGGAAGUUUUUCAUAAAGAUGAGACUUUGCAAAUGCGCAGGAAGCUGAUUGGGCAGUCCUGCAGACUCUUUUUUUCCCGUGAUCCCGUGAAAAUAGUGAGAGCACGGGGUCAAUAUUUAUAUGAUGAGAAUGGCAUGCAGUACUUAGAUUGCAUUAGUAAUGUUCAACAUGUGGGACACUGUCACCCCAGCCUCACUCAGGCCGCUGCUGCUCAGAUGGAUCUUCUUAAUUCAAACACUAGAUUCCUCCAUGAUAAUAUAGUUCUGUAUGCAGAUCGGCUGGCCGCCACUCUGCCAAAGAAACUUUGCGUCUUUUAUUUUGUCAACUCGGGAUCAGAGGCUAAUGAUCUUGCCUUGAGACUGGCCCGUCAGUAUACCCGACAUCAGGAUGUCAUUGUGCUAGAUCAUGCAUAUCAUGGACAUCUCACCUCACUCAUCGACAUCAGCCCUUACAAGUUCCGGAAACUGGGGGGCCAAAAAGAGUGGGUGCAUGUGGCACCUCUUCCUGAUACUUACCACGGUAUCUACCGAGAAGAUCAUCCUGACCCAGGACAGGCUUAUGCAGACACUAUGAAAAGUCUUAUUGACGAGGCGCAUAAGAAAGGCCGCAAGAUUUCAUCUUUUUUUGCCGAGUCUUUACCCAGUGUUGGUGGCCAGAUCAUUUUCCCAACUGGUUAUUGUAAAAGAGUAGCAGAAUACGUUCGUGAAGCAGGAGGAAUUUAUGUGGCAGAUGAGAUUCAGACAGGCUUCGGUCGUGUUGGGAGUCAUUUCUGGGCUUUUCAGCUUCAAGGUGAAGACUUCUGCCCUGACAUUGUGACUAUGGGCAAACCAAUAGGCAAUGGUCAUCCUAUUGCUUGUGUGGCUACUACAGAGGAAAUAGCCACUGCUUUUACAGCCAAUGGUGUGGAGUACUUCAACACAUUUGGUGGUAACCCAGUAUCCUGUGCCAUUGGUCUGGCAGUGUUGGAUGUUAUAGAGAAAGAAGACCUCAGAGGCAAUGCUGUGCGUGUCGGAGGUCAUCUUAAACAGCUGCUCCUUCAACUUCAGACUAAACAUCCACUCAUCGGAGAUGUGCGUGGUGUUGGACUGUUUAUAGGUAUGGAGCUAGUUAAAGACAGAGCGUCCAGAAAACCAGCAACAGAAGAAGCAGCACAUCUUGUACGAAGGCUGAAAGAGGAACGUAUAGUUAUGAGCACUGAUGGACCGUGGGACAGUGUCAUCAAAUUCAAACCUCCAAUGUGCUUCAGUAUUGAGGAUGCUGAGAGAGUCUGUACAUGCAUUGACCAAAUUCUCAGAGAACUGGAGCAUACCCAUCAAAAAGAGGACUGCGGAAGUUGAGGUUUAAAAACAUAAAAAUAAUUUUCAAUGUAGUGCAUAGAGCAAACAUUCUUAAAUUAAU